AUAUAAAAAUUUAUUUAUUUAUUUGAUGGAACUAUUUAUUUAUUAUUAUCAUUUUCAUGAGAUGUAAAAGCAUCUAGGAUUAGGACACUCUCUACGUCUUUAACCUAAAUUCACCUUUCCGGCAACCCAAUUCAGUGAGUGGAGCAAAGUCUGAAUCUUUCGAAGGAGAAAGCUGAGGGAGCACCAAGCUAAGUACCACUAUUUCAUUUUCUACUUCAUUUUCCAAACCAGGUGAGACUUGUUCACAAUCCAAUCCAAUGCUUCGUCGUUUACUUUGCAAUAAACUCACUCUUAUAGAUUCCAGGCUAUCCCCCUCUACCCAUGGCUUCCAUUUAUUCAAUUACUUUCUCAGACCCAUGUCAGAAAUUCCAAAUUCAGCAGACCCACAAAAUUUUACAGCCUCUUACCUUCAAAACUCAUGCGGGUUUACCCGGAAUUCCGCCAUUUCAAUUUCGAAAAAGCUAAACAUUGGAAACCCUGAAAGAGCUGAUUCGAAUUUGGAGCUGUUUAGAGCUCACGGGUUAACUCAGACCCACAUCAAAAAGAUUAUAGCUACUCGUCCUGCAUUGCUUUUGGCUGACUUAGAAGAUAAGCUUAGGCUUAAUAUGAAGUUGUUGGAGUCAUUGGGGCUGUCUGGAGCAAGACUUGGUAAAUUGCUUUGCAAAGAGCCACGCCUACUCCUAAGUGACAUGGUUGACUCAGUUGACUUCUUUAGAGCUCGGGGUUUCAGCAAUAAGCAAAUUUCAGUUUUGGCUAUGAAGCGUCCAACAGUGCUUUUGUUCAAUGUGAACGACAUACUUAAGCCAAAGCUGGAUUUUUUCAAGUCUAAGGGCUUUACAGAUGGGGAUGUUGCAAAGCUUUUGUCUUUUGAGCCUUAUAUUCUUGGAAGGAGCUUGGAGAAUCAUAUCAUUCCUUCUUUUCAAAUUCUUAGUAGGGUUUUCAGUACUGAUGAGGAGAUUGUAAAGGUUGUAAAAGCAGGGCACUGGAUACUUGAAUACAAUUUGGAAAAGACUUUUGAGAAAAACUUGUUGAUUCUGAAGAGCCAUGGUGUUCCUGAUCCUAUAAUUUUGAGAAUGUUCACUAUUCAUUCAAGAACAUUGCUUUUGAAUCCUCCAAAGGUUAUGGAGAUACUUGAUGAGGUAGUGAAGUUGGGUUUUGAUCCCAAUACUGUGCAUUUUGCUCUCGCUUUUCGUUCUAUGGCUGUGAUAAGUAAGAAACUAUGGGAGCAGAAGAUGAAAGUUUACAAAAGUUUUGGUUUGUCAGAAGAUCAAGUCUAUUCAGCCUUUAAGAUUCAACCCAUGUGUAUGCUUACAUCAGAGAAGAAGAUCAUAAAAUUAAUGAAUUUCUUCAUUAACAAAUUGAAUAUAGAGCCUUCACUCAUUUGCAAGAAUCCAAGUAUAUUGAUACUUAGCUUGGAGAAGAGAAUUAUUCCAAGGAGUUUAGUUUUGCAACUUCUGAUCUCAACAGGUUUUUUAAAGGAAGGUAUCAAGUUUAUUUCUUAUUUCAAAAUGACUGAAAAGUAUUUUGUUGAGAAGGUGGUAAAAAAGCAUCAGCAUGUUCUUCCUGACAUUGUUAAGGUUUAUGAAAGCAAGAAAGAUUUUCAAGUGUUUCCCAUUAUCUCUAAGGCAUAAAGACUACAAUGUCAUUUGAAUGAUGAGGGAAGAGUAUCAAAGAUACUAAUGAUAGUGUAGAUUGUUGAAUUCACCAUCUCCUUGAUUGGCUGCUCAACUAAAUAUUCUGAUGAAACUUUAUACAGAUUGAUGGUGUCUUGUGGAUUUAGGUCUCUAGAAGUUUAAGUUAUAGAUUCAUUUGUAUGGAUUUUAAAAUACUAGUAUUAGAUGGCACUGAUGAGGAUUCUUAAAUUUUGAACAGUUAAAUCAUUCUUUGGGUGUUGUCACCCAUUAUUGCUUGUAUCCUUUUAUUAUCUAUUAAUACAAGCUGAGGUUUUGUUUCAAA